AAUAAAAUUGGGUUUAGUAUUCAUUUAAGUCUUAUGGAGUUUAGCAAACUGAUCCAGUUCUCAAAGACUUGUAAGACUGAGUUAGGACGUAUUGCAAGUUACGUUAAUUUCACAGUGUUAUAAUCCAGAUGUACUCAGUGUUAUUGUGGUCUUGUGCUUGAUGCUGUGUAAUGUCUUUUCAGCUCAGCAUAUUUCAUUGCUGUCCGCUGCUCUAGCAAUCUGGCUUGGCGUGCUUCGAUACCUGCCGUUGCUCCCUCAUAGGAUCCACCCCCCUCAGGGAGAAGAGUCUGCUGUUCUUGUUUUCCCUGCCCCUUUCACUGGGUGUCCCAGCCAAACCUCAUCAACAGUGCUAAACUGGGAGCUUCUAAAUAGAGCAAGCAUGUCACGGAUACCAGACUGCCAAGGCUACACCCACCCCUCUACUACCUGGCUCUCCACUUAUCACACCAGAUUUGGCCCUUUCAUGGCUCACGGGAUCUCCCAGACUUAUGCUAUCCCUGACCGCAUAAUCCCUUCUCGGCUGGCUGGGCUCCUGGAACUGCUGGCCGGCCACACCGGAUACCCGCUAACCUUUACCCCAGGUCGCUACCAGCGGCCCCUUGCCCCAGAGCUCUUUUGGGGAUUGGUAGCCCCUAGGGAGGACCAGAGGUGGGGUGAUUGCCUUGGGAACUGGGGGUUUUGGACACCCCCACCUCCAUAUCUUUACCAGGCUGUAACUCUGGUCCCUAGUACUGGGCAUCUGGGGAGCGAGAGCUUUCCAAUGACACCCUGGUAGUGUCCAGGAUCACCCCGAAACCGUGACCUAGGUACUGUGGGGACUUUAUGGGACUGUGGCUCCAAUGGAUGCGCCAGACUUUCUGGAGGGGCGGGAAUGGCGGGAGAUCUAGGUGUGAGAUAAGACCCUUUUGUGAGUAUAAGCAGAGUGUGUUCCACAAUAAAGCAGUUCUUGUUUCACCUAAA